AUGCCACAGACCACACCAAAGGACGUAGUGAUCGUCGGCGGCUCACUAGGCGGCCUUUUCACCGGCGUCGCCCUAAAGCGCCUCCGGCGAAACCUCAACAUCCGCAUCUUCGAACGAAACCCCACGCCACUGCUGCACGACCAAGGUGCGGGCGUAGUCGCGGGACACGAGACGCAGGUCUUCUUCCACAGGAAUGACCGCACCAGGACGCCAUUGACGGUCACUAGCCGCCAGAGGCUUUACCUAGAUAAGAGUGGGAAGGUGAUGCAGAGGGAAGACAGUGUGCAACAAAUGACUAGUUGGGAUCUGUUGUACCAUGUACUGAGGGCGAAUUAUGAUGGGACAGAGAGCGAGUAUGCGAAAGUGCCUGAAGAGCGGGAAGAUGAGGGGACGGCGACGUAUGAAUACGGGUGUACGGUGACGGAUGUCAAGACACCAGGAGGCUCUUCCACUGCUUUUGACAAGCCAGUCGAACUUACGGUUAGGCGUGACUCAGGCGACACGUUCUCCGCAAAAGCCGAUCUCAUCAUCGCGGCCGAUGGCCCCAGCUCGACAAUUCGCUCACACUACUUUCCUCAGGUCGCCAGGAAGUACGCCGGCUAUGUCGCAUGGCGAGGCACGGUUCCUGAGGACAAAAUCUCGGAAAGCGCGGCUGACAUAUUUGGCAUCCAAAUCCUGGCCUAUGUCAUACCGGGUCUGAAUGGAGCGCUGGAGCCAGGGAAGCGGCUGGUGAACUGGGUGUGGUACGUCAACUAUGCCGAGGGCUCACCCGAGCAUACGGAGCUUAUGACGGAUAAAGAUGGGAAGAGGCAUCAUGUAACAUUACCACCAGGCGGAGUACUAGAGCGUGUCUGGAGCAAACAGAAGAAACGCGCAGUGGAGAUCCUUCCAUCCCAAUUCGCUGAGCUCGUGGAAAAGACACAAGUCCCGUUCGUCCAGGGCAUCACAGAUGCGAUUGCACCGUCCGCAGUCCUAGACGGAGGCAGAGUUCUGCUGCUCGGUGAUGCGCUGGCGAACUUUAGACCGCACACGGCGGGUAGUACGAGCCAAGCAGCAAUGGACGCUAUGGCCCUAGCAGAAGCGAUAGAAAAUGUCUUCGAGGGCGAGGGACUGAAGGCAUUGCAAGAGUGGGAGGAGAAUGUUACCCAAUUUGCAAAAGAAGUGCAGAGUUACGGCGUGCAUAUUGGGAACCGAAGCCAGUUUGGUGACCAUCCGCUGAAUGGGUGA